CUAUCCAACUUCCGAUUCCUCCCUCGAAACCAACCCAUAUCAACACCAUCCUCACAUUGAACACUACCAAAAUUCACAAGAGGAAGACAAGACCAUGGCCUCUACUUCUGCAAUUUUGGCAGCAACGCCACUAACGUCAGCCACCCAAAAGAGGUUUCCGAGCUCCGCCGCCUUCUUUAAGCCACUGCCGGUGAGGCCCUCCAAGGCCGCGGUGGUUGGAUCAAAAACAACCAUUGGGAAGUUUGAAGUCAAGGCUUCAAUGAAAGAGAAAGUGGUGACGGGAUUAACAGCGGCGGCAAUGACAGCCUCCAUGGUGAUUCCGGACGUGGCCGAGGCUGCAGGAUCCGGGGUUUCGCCCUCUCUCAAGAACUUCUUGCUCAGCAUUGUAGCCGGUGGCGUUGUGCUCACCGUCCUGGUUGGUCUUGUGGUAGGAGUCGCCAACUUCGACCCUGUCAAGAGGGGCUGAGAGAGAAAUAGUUGUUUUGGGAUUGUACUUUGGCAUUCAUUUUCCAGCUUGAUGUAUCUGUCUAAUAUUUGUAGUCAUUGUCUGUGUUACGUGCGUGUGUUGAUACCUCGUUUUUUAAAAAAAUAUUUUGACUCGUUUUCCUAUAAACAAAUUGAGGAUCAAAAUCCAAGCACCAUAAUGUGUGUGUAAUCGACGACUCUAUUAGCUUUAGUUCUAUCGAAAGCAUGCGAACAUCAGAAUCGAAAUUCCAUUUUU